AUGUCCCCUGCAGAAACCUCUGUUCAGCAGUUGGCUCACAUAGAAAAAUGUAGGCUCCAAGGUCCACACGAUCCACUUCACACGUAUCAUCAGCCAGGAGAUUUCAUCAUUGGUGUCAUUGUUUCCCAUGGUGGCUUCAUCUCCUCUCCAGCAACAUUCACUGAGAAACCGCCACCAGCGCUGCCUGAAGAGCUUGUGGUUGUGCCUAAGAUUUACCAGCACAUCCUAGCCUUGGCAUUUGCAGUCAAGGAGGUCAACGAAGACCCUCACAUCCUACCCAAUAUCACCUUGGGCUUCCACUUAUAUGACAGCUAUAAGAAUGCAAGGAGCACAUAUCUCGCCACACUGCUGCUUUUAUCCAUGGUGAAGAAAUGUGUCCCUAACUAUAUAUGUGAUGUUGAAAAUAAUCUGACUGGGGUCAUUGGGGGACUGGAUUCUGAAAUCUCCUUUUAUGUGGCCACUGUUUUGGAUAUCUUUAAGAUUCCACAGCUCAUUUAUGGCUCUGCUCCAGUGAUGAAUGAUAAAAGUCCAGGGCUUCUCUUCUACCAGAUGGCAGCCUCAGAAGCCCUUCAGGUGGUGCCUAAGGGUUACCAGCACAUCGUGGCCUUGGCAUUUGCAGUCAAGGAGAUCAACGAAGACCCUCACAUCUUACCCAAUAUCACCUUGGGCUUCCACUUAUAUGACAGCUAUAUCGCUGCAAGGAGCACAUAUCUUGCCACACUGCUGCUUUUAUCCAUGGUGAAGAGAUUUGUCCCAAACUAUAUAUGUGAUGUUGAAAAUAAUCUGACUGGGGUCAUUGGGGGACUGGAUUCUGAAAUCUCCUUUUAUGUGGCCACUGUUUUGGAUAUCUAUAAGAUUCCGCAGACUCAGGCACAGAGGAAUGGCAUAUGGACGGAGAGGGAAGAAUCCGAAUCCACAGCUUUGGCAGGUAAUCGGCUAAACAUCCUCAACUGGAAGAGGCCUGUUAUUCCCCCACAAGAUCACGUGAUCAUACACCACUGUGGUGUCUCCUGUGAUGAAGAGGGAAAGAGGGAAAAAGGGAAAGAGCUCCAUCACUUUCUGAGAAGCAUCUCAUUUAACAAUACGGCCGGAGAUGUGGUCUUCAUCAACCAGAAUGGAGAGGUGGUAUCUAGCUUAGAUAUUGUCAAUUGGAUAAUAUUCUCCAACCAAAGUUUGCAGAGAGUAAGCGUUGGGAGGAUAGAUCCGCAAACUUCUGGAGACCAAUCAUUCAUCCUUGAUGAAGAUGCCAUAACAUGGCACAGUUGGUUUAAUCAGACUCGGCCUCUUUCUCUCUGUACUGAGAGAUGCCUCCCAGGAUCCAGCAAGAAAGUGAAGGAGGGACAGCCACCUUGCUGCUAUGAUUGCAUCCCAUGUGCAGAGGGGAAGAUUGCAAACCAGGAUGAUAUGAAUGACUGUCAUAAAUGUCCAGACAAAUACUAUCCAAGCAGAAACCGUGAUGCAUGUCUACCCAAAGAUAUAAGCUUCUUGUCUUAUGAAGAACCUUUGGGCAUCAGUUUAGCCUCAUUUUCUCUUUUCCUUUCCUUGAUCACAGCUCUGGUACUAGGUACAUUUAUGAAACACCAUGACACACCCAUUGUCAUUGCAAACAACCGAAACCUCACCUACGCUCUGCUCAUCUCUCUCCUGCUCUGCUUCCUUUGUGCAUUGCUCUUCAUCGGCCGACCUGAGAAGGUGACGUGCCUCCUCCGACAAACAGCUUUUGGCAUCAUCUUCUCAACCGCUGUUUCUUGUGUCCUGGCAAAAACCUUCACGGUGGUUUUGGCCUUCAUGGCUACAAAACCAGAAUCCAGGAUGAGGAAAUGGGUGGGCAAAGGGCUAGGCCACUCCAUUCUCCUUUCCUGCUCCAUUGUUCAAGCAGGCAUAUGCACUGUGUGGCUGGCAACCUCUCCCCCAUACCCAGAUGUGGACAUGCACUCAAUGACAGAAGAAAUUAUACUAGAAUGUAAUGAAGGGUCUGUAACAAUGUUUUACUGUGUCCUCAUCUUCAUGAGCUGCCUGGCAACUGUAAGUUUUGUUGUGGCUUUCCUUGCCAGGAAGUUACCGGACAGUUUCAACGAAGCCAAGUUUAUCACUUUCAGCAUGUUGGUCUUCUGCAGUGUUUGGCUGUCCUUUAUUCCCUCCUACCUGAGCACCAAGGGAAAAUACAUGGUAGCUGUGGAGAUCUUCUCCAUCUUAGCCUCCGGUGGUGGGUUGCUGGGUUGCAUCUUCUUCCCCAAAUGUUACAUAAUCAUUCUGAGGCCUGAGCUGAACAAUAGGGAACAGCUAAUAAGGAAGAAAAAUUAA